GUCAUACAGUCGGUCAUAAGUCGCACUACUGUCGGCCCAUGGAGCGUCGAAAGCGUAGAUGAACUCAGAAUCUGGAUUCUAGACUUGCUAUGUUGCCUAGGCUGCGAAUCGACGCUCUGGAGUUGCCCAUUCUUAACUGGAAGAUCCACAAACGUUCUCGAGUGGCAAUGGACAUACCGCAUAGUCUGCGUCAUUCUGCGUCUUUGCCGGCUCAAGAAUGCCUCUGUUGCGUGUCGCGUUCUACUUUGGCAACUAGCCUGUUCUCAAACUUUCAGCGUCCCGACCACGUCAAUUAGCCACACAGAAGAUAAAUAUCGUUGCAUCCUCUCUGCCUGUCUCUCCAACAAACAUUCGCAUCACUUUCUCGCACCUCUUAAGCCAUUCCAUCACCCUUUCACGCUUCUGCACCACCUCCGACAUGUCUCUCACCUUCUUCACCGAGCCGUUCUACUCCCUCUCUGACUUCGAUCGGCUCUUUGACGAAGCGUUCAACGCACGCACGUCGAACGCGGUCAGCCAGCGUGGUCAGAACGAGAACGCCGCGUCCAGACCGUUGCGUCCAAGGAUGGACCUGCAUGAGGACAAAGAAAAGAACCUGGUGACAGCCCAGUUCGAGCUCCCAGGCCUCACCAAGGACAAGGUCAGCAUCGACCUGCGCGACAACGUCCUCACCAUCUCGGGCGAGUCCUCCAUCUCGUCCGAGCACGACGAGAAGGGCUACGCCGUCCGCGAGCGCCGCUACGGCAAAUUCUCGCGGGCUCUCCCCGUCCCUCAGGGCAGCAAGCCCGAGGAGAUCAAGGCCACGAUGGAGAACGGCGUUCUGAGCGUCACUUUCCCGAGGACGACGCCCGAGCAAGCGCCGAAGAAGAUCACGAUUGCUUGAGCGGCUGGGAUGACAUGAUCGUCGACCACUGUACUUGUACUGUAUGUUUUCCCUUUGUAGCAUACUAUGCACGCAUCUUCCUUGCGUUUGAAAUCGUAACAUAGCCGCAUUACGAAUCCAGUUUGUUUUCGGA